UCAUUCCCAUUCCCUAUUCCCAAAAAUCCUCCGCUAAAAUAAAAAUAGCUUUCUUUUUCUGACAUGUAUUUGUAACAGUCAACACUCUCACCGUCUCCUCAAGUCUUCCCCUCUCCCCCCGUCUCGCCCUCUCUCUCUCGGACAUUAUCCGAAUUAAACAGGAUUUUUUUUCUCUAUAUAUAUUUAUAUGUAAUUUAUAGAUAUAUACGGCAAUUUGUGUGGAGGUGGUUUAAGGUGGUGAAUUUGAGAAUUGAAUUGAGGACAAAUUGAAAUUGAGCUAGGGUUUUGAAAGAGAGGAGAGAGGAAAAAUGCCGAUGAGUAGGUAUGAGAUAAGGAAUGAGUACAGCUUGGCUGAUCCAGAGCUGUACAGAGCCGCCGAUAAGGAUGAUCCGGAGGCUCUGCUCGAAGGCGUUGCUAUGGCUGGCCUAGUCGGCGUUCUCCGCCAGCUCGGUGACCUUGCUGAGUUUGCUGCUGAAAUUUUUCGUGAUCUACAUGAAGAAGUGAUGGUGACUGCUGCCAGAGGCCAUGGCUUAAUGGUUCGCAUCCAACAGCUUGAGGCUGAGGUUCCUUUGAUUGAGAAGGCAUUUCUCUCCCAAACCAAUCAUUCUUCGUUCUUCUAUAAUUCUGGCGUUGAUUGGCAUCCUCAUCAAAGGAUGGACCAGAACCUAAUCACACAGGGAGAUUUACCUCGAUUUAUAAUGGAUUCAUAUGAAGAAUGCAGGGGUCCACCCCGCUUAUUCCUUCUAGACAAGUUUGAUGUUGCUGGUGCUGGGGCAUGUUUAAAACGUUAUACUGAUCCUGCAUUCUUUAAAGCAGAAGCACCAUUCGCUGGAAUGACGCGCACAGAUGUUCAGAGGGAAAAGAAAACCCGCAAAGCAAAGCAGAAGAAAGGUCCACGCUGGAGGAAUGGAGAAACCCCUGAGGUUGUUGUACCAACAACACAUCCCAAACUGCAUCAAUUGUUUCUCGAGGAGCAUAUUAAGAAUGGUGUUGGUAAUCCUGCACGUCGAGUGAAAUUGAAGAGGAAGCUGGAUGGAUUUCCGUUUAACUUGAAAUCUGGGAAGAGCUACAUGGAGAAGGUGUUGAAUACCUCUUCCCCAGAACAUAAAGUGGUUCAUGAAGUCUCUGUGAGGUGGUCACCAUUGAAAUUACAAACAAAUGAUCCUAAUGAAACUGGACCUAAGGUGCUAGAACUAAGAACAGUGAGUCCUGAAACAGAGAAUAUGGGAAGAGAAAAAAGUCCUCCAUCUCGAGAUAGAGAGGAAACUAUGCUACAGAAAUCCAUAUAUGAGCCAAAUGAAAUUUCCACAGAAGAUAAAAUCCCAGAGGUGUCCAAACCCAAUCCUAGUUAUGAAGAAGAUGGCAGCUCAUCCGUUCUUCACAGAGUGACAAGUGAAAAGGAUAUAGCAGCCGAUGAAGAAAGAGAAACCGGAGGCAGCUUAGAUGGUUACCAAUCUGAUGAUAUUGCUAGUGAGAGAGAGAAUUAUGUUGAUGCACCUUCAACAAUGGAUUCAGAAAUGGAUACAGAUUCUGAAAUAAGAGGCAAAAGUGAUUUGGUCUCCUUGAAUAUCAAAAGGCAGCUGUCAAUUUCUGAUGCAAAUGGAAAGCAGCUUCAAGCUCAUUCUUCAGAUUCUAAAUCAGUUGCAACCUCCACUUUAUCCAAUGAUGGGAACAAUUCAUCCAAAAAGGAGAUAUCUAGUUUUUCAUUAUCUGAUACUCAAAGCACUUCAGCUGAAAACUCACCAUCAGAUCGUGAUGCUUCUACUGAAGUCUUUCCAUCGACUCAUAUUCCUGAAACUGAUAUCUUUGAUGGAUCAUCCCACCAGCAAACUGGUCAUGGAGAUGAUUCGGUUUCCCAAGAUCCAAAACCUGUUGUUUCUGAUGGUACAUGUAUCGGCAUAGCUGAAAUAUCCAGCCACACUGACUUUGAGGAUCUGAUUUCUAGCUCAUGUGCAACUGAUGCAAUCCCUACUUCAGUACAUUUGGAUUCAGAAUCAGUUGUCGGAAAAGGUAGGUUCAGGGAGUCAGAUGAAAUGUCUUCUAGUUAUAAUGAAAUCAGUAAUGAAUUAAUAAAUACAGAGCAUGAUGGGACAAGCAUGAUUACGAAUUUGUCCUGUAUUUACAGUAUCCCUUCUGCAGCACUGCAGAUAGGAGAUGAUUUCCCACCAAAACUAUCUGCUGAAAAUCAUCCGACAGAUGAAUCAAAUGGAAGUAUAAGUGAUUAUGUACCCAGUAUAUCUAUGGGCUCCGAAGUUCAUUGUAUUACUAGAGAAAAUUCACAAAUGUCUGGCACAUACUUGCAUAGGAAUGAUUCAAAUAAGGAGGAUCUAAAUCUGGACGAGGACAUAGAUGAUGAUUUAUAUAUGGUGUCUGCCAAAAAAACAGUUCCGUGCAUAUUAGUUGAGGAAGUUCCAAAUUUACAUGAAAACUGUAAGUGUGGUCAUUCUGAUACUAUUUCUCAGCACAGUGAUGGUUGCGUACCUAUUGUGUCUGAAGAAAAACAGCUUGUGGAUGAGCUGGACGAUGGGAAUCCAAAUGUAUUUUCUGAUGCUUCAAAUAAUAUAUCAUGCAUCUUGGAGGCUGUUACUGAGAAGGCAAAUGAUGAAAAUUCAUUGCAUAAUAUGGCUAAAACUGUUGGUGCAAAUGACGAUUACACUUGCACUUUAGUUGAAAAUCAGAUUGGUUCACCAGAUUCGGUUUCACCCGAUACAGAAGAAAACUCACUUUAUUUGUCCCAGAAAGAUUUUGAACUUCAUGAUGCUUGCGAUAUUAUUAUUCACGCCAAAGAUACAAUGGGUAAUGAAAUUCCAGUAAUUGGAAAUUCCAAAUCUUGCAGUUCCGUAGGGUUGCAGGGCACAGGAAUCGGAGGUGAUGCUUACCAUCUUGAUUUAGCUGAUGUGGAAAAUUCACAUUGUAGUGAGGAAAAUCUUGAUGAGCCUGUGACAACAUCAAAUAGUGUACAAGUGGAUGAAAUUAACCCAUGCACUGAUUUGAUUGGAAAUGAUGCUACUGAUAUUACUCUAUCUCCCGAUCCUACAUUGCUGAAUGAGGUUCAUGUACAGUUAGAUGAAGUGGAUUCUGAGGCAGAUCAAUCAGUUGCUGUAGUCAUGGCUACUACUGACAAUAAUAGUAAUAUAGAUGGCUUAAAAGUGGGUGAAAUCAACCUGUCUACUGAUUUAAUUGGAAAGGGUGCUACUUGCAUUACUUUCUCCCCUGAUCCUACAUCACUAAAUGAGGUUCAAGUACAGUUAGAUGAAAUUGAUUCUGUGGCAGAUCAAUCAGGUGCAAUGGUCAUGGAUGCUGUUGCUGGCCCUGACAAUGAUAGUAAUGAUGAUAAUGUCUGCUCAUCUGUGGAUCUCAACAAGUUGCAGGAAGCAUAUGCUUGUUCUUCUGGGAAUUUAGGUCAGAAUGAAUUCAAAAUUGAAAUGAAAUGUCUGCCAGACAAUCAUAAGGACUCUGGGUUAGGAAAGGAAGUAGGCCAACAAGAAGCUGCCCCGUCAGGCUCGGACUCAGUUUUAUGCAGCAGCCCUGUUGAAUAUGAUCUUGUCAAUGCUGCCCCAACUCAGUCAUAUUUGGAACAAAAUGGCUUAUUAGCCAUAGAACAGGAAUCUUGCAGGCAAGGUGGUCUCAUAGAUCAUACUGAAGAUGCUUCCACUUUACAUGUCCAUCAUAAUGCUGAAGAAACAAUUGUAGAAGAGACUAUCAAGUUACUUCCUAGUCAAAGUGAUAAAGACGAUUUUCAAGAUACUGUUGAGGAAAACUUGGAGGAGGUACCACAAUUGAAAGUUGUGCAGAAUUUAGAUCCCAAUGAUCCUGAAGGAUCAAGCGAUUCUGCUUCUAAAUGUUUACUGGUGAACAUUCAAAAUCAACUUUCUAUAUCGGAGAUUCCAGUACAGGGCAGCAAUGAUCUUAACGUGUCUGGAUAUCCCAAGGAUCCAUUAAUUUUGACCCUUCCUCCUAUUAACCUUCUUUCUGAGGCAAAUCUGAUCAAUAUGGAGGAAUUGCCUCCACUGCCACCUCUCCCUCCCGUUCAGUGGAGGAUGGGCAAGCUUCAGCACGCUUCUGCUUCAGAGAGAGUAGCAACACAACAUAAUGUUGGUCCAUUCGUAUCAUCAUUGCCAACGGUUGCUGACCGGAAUGUUCAAAACCCAAUUUUGCCAGUUUCAGCCGUGACACGUGCGGAUUCACUUUCUUUACUGGAAUAUUCUUCUGCUAAUAUAAUGCACUCUGCUUCACUCUCACAAGUGCCACAUGGUGGUCAUCCCAGCAAUACUGAAAAUAAUCGUCUUGUGCUUGGUGGAAAUCAAUUGAUGAGUUCAUCCUUAAUGUUGCCUGAAGGCCCCGAACAAUAUGAUGAAAUGCCACAUGACAGUUUCCUUAUGGGAAAGGGAAGUGUAUUACAGUCUCGAUUAACUUCAUUCUGCCAAGAAACUUCUGUAGAUACAGCAUCCACUAAUAACAUUUGCUUGACACAUGAAUUGAUCGGACCUUUGCAUCAAGUGGCUGCAGAAAUCAGUUCAAAGGAAGAGGUCACCCCAGAAAUCAGUUCAAAGGAAGAGGUCACCCCAGAAAUCAGUUCAAAGGAAGAGGUUGCCCCAGAAAUCAGUUCAAAGGAAGAGAAGGUUGAACGCAGCUCUUCCAGUAUGGAGGCAAACCCUACGAGGCCUGAAGAAGUUAAAUUUUUACCAAAGAUGCCCGUGCUUGUCAUGCCAUCUUCAGAGGGUGAAACCACAUCACCAACUUUGGAAGAUGGAAUUGCAAAUGGGAGUAGAACAAUGAAGCAACCUAGACCUCGAAAUCCUCUGAUUGACGCUGUUGUGGCUCGUGAUAGAAGCAAAUUGAGGAAAGUGACAGAACGGAUUAGGCCUGAGAUACAGAAAGUUGAUGAAAGAGAUUCACUCUUGGAACAAAUACGGACCAAGUCAUUCAACCUGAAACCUGCAGUCGCUAGUAGGCCUAGCAUUCAGGGUCCUAAUACCAAUCUUAAAGUUGCUGCAAUUUUGGAGAAAGCAAAUGCCAUUCGCCAGGCAUUUACUGGAAGUGAUGACGACGAUGAAGAUAGUUGGAGUGAUUCAUGAACAAUCUUCCCUAAGCUGUAAUUCCGGAAUAGUGCAGCCAUCUUGUCGACAAUCUUGCGAGAGUUUGGUUGCCCACAAGGGAAAAUAUGGGGGAUGUUAUUGGAAAGUUAACGUGAUUGUUAUUUGAGAAAUUCUGGUUGUAUAGAAUUUUUCCCACAAAAGAAAUCCAGAAAAGUCACAUGGGAUAACCCAUGCGAGUUUUAUAUUGAAAAAAUAUAACCACCCACGCCGGACUGUGUGUGGUCUGUUAGUUUUUAGGCAGAUUAUUUUCUGUACAUGUAGUGCGCCUCUUUUUAGUUUAUGUCUUCUGUUCUCUCUCUCUCUCUCUCUCUCUGAUAUAAUGCAGCUCUUUGGUUGCUUCCCAACCAGGGUAAUGUUCGGCUGAAAUUUGUUGAAGCAUAUUUGAGGCCCGUUUGUAUAUAGAAUAGUAAUUCCUUUGCCUGUAAAUGUUGGAGAUAUAUGGUUGCAGUUGUUUUUUUCCCCCAAAAUUUCAUUUGUAAACGCAUCACUACAAUUUUGUUUUUGCUUUAUACUGGGAUGUUUCACAUGCCUUAGCCAGAUGUUAUGGAGAGCUUGUAAUUGAGAAAUGAAUUGCUUGGACCAUCUUUUGACAUGUUAAAUCUCAUUCUUUGUAGGUUUUACAUGGUGAAUAUGUAAUUUUAGUUCAGUUUGGUUUC